UAUCACAUGAUACGAAAAUGGCUCUCUCCGUAGCAGUGUGUCUGAUUUCGGUUUUGAGUAUAUUUGCCUCAUUUUGCCAUGUCAGUUGCUACCCAGAUAACUUGACAGUACCACCACUAUAUAGAAUUGACUUGGAUCUUCCCGAGGAGGAAAGAUGGGUCCAAGUUGCCAAGGACCACAAAGAAAUAGUGCCCGAUGUAUACAACGUCUUUCUAUCAAUCCUCGGCAAGUUUCCAUAUGCCAAUUUAACCAUAAAGGCUAUCGAAGCUGUAGCUGCUGACAUAGACAACUUUCUUCCCAAACCUUAUGCAGGAGAAAUGAGAGGUAUAGCCAAGGCCCUUAAUAUGAAUCUUGGUGGUAUUGUGGGGAUGAAUAUUCUCUAUGAUGUGACAGCGUUUUGUACCAGUAUUGUAUCCCAGGAUGCCAAUGGUCAGAUCUGGCACUCUCGGAACCUAGACUAUAGCUUUGUGGACAUGCUGAGGAAUAUCACAAUUAGAGUUGACUUCAUAAAAAAAAACCAGACUGUGUACAGUGGUGUGACAUAUGCUGGCUACGUGGGGCUCAUCACAGGAAUGAAGCCCAAGGGCUUCACUAUGACUCUGGAUGAGAGAGAUCAGGGAGCGUGGUGGGAGAAUUUUAUCAUUGGCCUAUUAGAUAGAAGAGCCAUGCCAAUCAGUUUCUUAAUGCGAGAUACAUUUGCUGAGAGUAAUAACUUUAAGGAGGCAGUAGACAAAAUGGCGUACACAUCCACGGAGGCCUCGGGCUACGUUAUCGUAGGUGGGGUCAACAAAGGGGAGGGGAUGAUCAUCACCAAGGGCAGACUAGGGCCGGUCGAUUUAUGGCAGCUGGACCCUGAGAAUGGAAGGUGGUUUGAAGUGGAGACUAAUUAUGACCACUGGGUCCCUCCUCCAGCUAGUGACAAUAGAAGAGACCCAGCUGUGAAGAAAAUGAAUGAGAUAGGGCCCAAAAAUAUCACCGUGGAUUCAUUGCUAUCUGUAAUGUCACUUCCUCCUGUACUCAAUCAUAAAACCACCUAUACAAUAGUGAUGUCUGCCGCGAAACCUGAGCUAACUAAGGUCUGGGUUCGCCACUACAAUGGUUAAAGAUUCCACAGUAUCUGUACGACACUACAAAAUGUUAAAUGAAGACGAACCAUUUACAAACAUUGAAGCUUAACAGACUCAGAGCACACGUUACAUCAAAGCAAGGUUAUCCUAUGUAAUUCUGUGAUAUUACCUGUACUAUUAUUAUAUUAAUGAAUUAUUCUCUAUUUAUUACACAUUUCCCAUUUUCACAUCAGCUCAUAAUUUUGAGUUGCAAAAUGCAACAAUUAUUAAACAAGCUCUUUACAUAUUAUGUGUACAUGUACAUGAAGAUGUAAUUAGUUUUUAACCGGGUUUUCCAACGGAAAAAUCCGGUUAUUAAAAUGGUGAAAAUGGCGGGCGGGCGGGCGGCUGCCAAAAGGGUACCCUCAUUGUACGGAUAACUCCUCCUACAGUUUUCAAGAUAGGAAGUUGUUCUUUUGCAGAUCAAUUGUACAUAUAUCAGAGGUGUGCAUAUUGCUAGGAUUUUGAUUUCUGAUAAUUUAUGAAAAAAAUACCAGCUUUUGAACUUAGUCAUUUUUUGGCAAAAUAUUGCAUAUAGGGUACCCUCAUUGUACGGAUAACUCCUCCUACAGUUUUUAAGAUAGGAAGUUGUUCUUUUGCAGAUCAAUUGUUCAUAUAUCAGAGGUGUGCAUAUUGCUAGGAUUUUGAUUUCUGAUAAUUUAUGAAAAAAAUACCAGCUUUUGAACUUAGUCAUUUUUUGGCAAAAUGUUGCAUAUAGGGUACUCCAUUUCACUGGAUACGUGUUGAUAGGAUUAUGGAUACAGUUCACAUAAAAGAAAACCCGGUUUGCUGUCACAUUGACAGCUUUUCUCUUGUCUGAUAUUAAAACAAGCUAGGACUCAUGUGGCUAAAACAGGUCACAUACUUAUAACCAAUGAUAUUUUUUCUUUUUUAUUUGUUCAUUAUGGGUUUUGAAUUUGAUAUUUUUACCUUAUAACCAUUUAUAAGAUUCACUAUUCUUCUACACCAAUAUUAAUAUAGACCAAGAGUUCUUAUGCAAUGUUUUAUUGAUUAAUACUAAUAACAAUUACUAUUAAUGAAUAAUUUGUUUUAUUAAAUUGUCCCAAGAUUUCUUUUAAAUAACUCAAUCACAGUGACAAACUAUUAGUACAUUGCAAAAUAGCUUUUGAUACAGUGUAUAUAGCGUUAAUGUAAACAAAUGUAAAUGUGUAUAUUUCUUGAUUUUACAGAUAUUUCUUUCCGAUAACGAGAUCAAACUAGUAUAUACACAGACAUACAAUUGAAAAAAAAUGUUUGUACAUGUAAUAACAAGUGCCUUUAUUCACACAGUUCUCACAAUUAUAUUUCUGAUAAUAUUGAUAUAAGAUCAUAUUUUUCAUGAUUAUGUAAAACAUUUUUUAUUGAAAUAAUAUAAUAAUGCUCACACUGUAUUAUAUAUAUUUUAUGUCUAAUCCAUUUGAUUAAAUCAAUAAAUAUGUUCAAUUCAUUCAAUUCAUAUAUUCUAAAAUUGUAAUUAAGCAUGUAAAACUUUCUCUUUGUUUUCAAUUACAUGACUUUAAUAGUUAUGUUGAUUUUAUAAAAUAUGAUAUUAUUCAUUUUUGAUCUUUGAAACUGUUUUCAUUAAAUUAAUUUAAGAGAUAGAAGAAGGAAAACAUUUAGAUUUUUAUAAGCAUGUUUUGAUGAUCCGAAGCAUAUCUGUGAUACUUGAUAAGAUUUUUUCCAGGACUCAGUCUGUUCAUCACAUAGAAAAUUGAAUAAAAUAAUAAUAAAAAAAAACCCAAGCAAAAUGAGUUCAUGUACUCUAUACUCUGUCAAGGUUACCCUUUUUAGCUCACUAAGACAUAGUCGGGGGAGCUUAUGAAAUACCCUCUGCGUCGACAUAUUUUCGUUGAGUCAAAUUUUAUUCUUUUUAAACCAAAUAAGAAUUCGUUAGCAUUUAAUUUCGUCAUAUCUUAUCCAUUUGUAUUCAUUGAUACUUGGGUUAAAAAUUUGCCAUGGAUUAGAUUUAGUUAUGGACUGCCAACAAAAUUAACAAAAUAAAAUCCUCAAGGAAUAUUUCUGCUUCUACACUUUAUCUUUAAGUUAGUUAUUACUGGUCCACACUUCACAAAACUUGCAUGGUUGGUCUGUCAUUUGAUACUGAUGCACCUGACAGGCUUGGAUGCUGAAUUUGAGUCAUAGGUUUCGGAUGCUGGAUGAGGUUAAGGUUUUUUGAGCUGGUUAAAGAUUUUUUAGCAGGUGCCCUUUGAUAGACAAAUCUUAAUUAUUAUUUGCUCAAUCUUUAUCAAUUUUUUUUUCAAGGUUUAGUAUUUUGGAACAGGUCCAUUGUUUAAUAGAUACUGGUGCUACUGGUAUUUCAAAUUUGUAUGGCUUAAAUUUUACUAUAUAAGGAAUCACAGAGUUAGCUUCAGAUACAAAAUCUGAUCUACAUUAUCAAGAAUGUUUACUCAAACUUGUUUGACAGAUGUGUUUGUUGUUAUAUGACAUAACAUGAUUCCUAUGAUAUAGUAUGGUAUGAUAUUAUACACCUUUAUAUUACAUGAUACAAUAUUAUAUCAUAUGAUAUUCUACUGUAAAAAAAAUAUAUUAAACGAUAAAAUAGUUUCAAUAGUGUUCAGUGUUGUAUA